AUGUCUUCCUCAUCAAGUGAUGAAGUUGAUGAAGCUUUAGAAGAAAUGGUCGACCAAGUAGUUGAUAAUUUCAUCGACUCAGUGAUAGAUGCUCACCCCAACAAGCAGAAAAGACGGGCUUAUAUCGAAAGACAUCGUGAACAAGGACACAAUCAGCUGUGGAACGAUUAUUUCCAAGAAAAUCCUACAUACCCACCGCAAAUGUUUAGGAGGCGUUUUCGAAUGAACAAGCCAUUGUUCCUCCACAUUGUCGAACGUGUAAGUAAUGAAGUUCCAUACUUUCAGCAAAGACGAAAUGCUUGCGGAAGGUAUGGGCUAUCUGCACUUCAAAAGUGUACGGCAGCUAUACGUAUGCUGGCAUAUGGUCAAUCAGGAGAUACAUAUGACGAGUAUCUCCGACUUGCUGACAGUACUUCACGUUUAUGUUUGGAAAAUUUCACUAAUGCAAUUAUACAUUUGUUUGGAGAUGAGUAUCUCCGCAGCCCUACAGCUGAGGAUCUUCAACGAUUGCUCGAUAUUGGAGAGGUACGCGGUUUUCCAGGGAUGAUAGGCAGCAUCGAUUGUCGAGCACCAAAAGUUAAGUUCAAGGUCAACAACCACACUUAUCGUAUGGCGUACUAUCUUACUGACGGAAUUUAUCCAAACUGGUCAACAUUUAUCCAAUCCAUCCCACUUCCUCAAGGUCCUAAAGCUGAGAAAUUUGCAAAAAAGCAAGAAUCCGCCAGAAAAGAUGUCGAACGGGCUUUUGGAGUAUUACAAUCAAGGUUUGCAAUUGUUAAAAACCCAGCUCUACUAUGGGACAAGGAAAAGAUAGGAAAGAUAAUGAGAACUUGUGUCAUAUUGCACAAUAUGAUAGUGGAGAACGAACGACACGGAUACGCUCAAAUUGACACAUCUGAGUUCGAGUCAGGAGAGUCAAGUAGAAGUUCGAGGGUGACAAGGAGGGAUAGUAUUCAUGUCGAUAUGUUAGGCAUACGCAGAGAAGUUCGAGAUCCAGCGAAACAUGCUCGUCUUAAAGCUGAUUUAAUGGAAAAUAUAUGGCAAAAGUUUGGUGAUGACGAUGAAUAA